AUGGGACGUACUAGUGGACAACUCCCAGAGACAGGGAAUGUGGCAAACGCAGCUCUCGCAGCAAAGGAAGUAGUAAAGAAGGCUAUUAUUUGCAGGAAGAACAUUUUCAAAAAGGCAAAAUUGCCACUCCUCGGGCCUCUCGAUGAUGCGUGUAUAUCUGCACUCCGUCCCCUCAAAGUUGAUGACUUUGCGAUUGCAUACACAGAGUGGGGCCUUCGCAUCAGCCGAGUGAUUGCAAUAUACUCGAAAGGUGGUGGUAAAAACGGCAAACACGCUGCCGUUGACAAAGCAGACACUAUCGCUGGUGUCUCGUACCUUGGUGUCCAAAUCUACCAGCAACAUUUUCGUUGUCAUUUUCGUUCCAUUCCUGAUGCAACUGCCAUGUACCAAUGCAACCAAUUUGCCUUCAUUCCUUCUACUGCCUUUUUCUAUCUCAUGGAGUUCGAUAUCCUAUCAACUGCUUUGCCUCAGUUGGCGGAAGCUGCCAAAUUGUUCCGCAAGAGGACUUCGAGAAACGGGACCACACAGAGGGAUGAAGAAGGCAAUUUUUAA